AUGGGGAAUGGAAUGAACAAGAUCCUGCCCGGCCUGUACAUCGGCAACUUCAAAGAUGCCAGAGAUGCAGAGCAAUUGAGUAAGAAUAAGGUGACACAUAUUCUGUCAGUCCAUGAUAGUGCCAGGCCUAUGUUGGAGGGGGUUAAAUACCUGUGCAUCCCAGCAGCAGAUUCACCAUCUCAAAACCUGACAAGACAUUUCAAAGAAAGUAUUAAGUUCAUCCACGAGUGCCGGCUAAAAGGGGAGGGCUGUCUUGUGCACUGCCUGGCUGGUGUCUCCAGGAGCGUGACCCUAGUGACGGCAUACAUCAUGACCAUCACCGACUUUGGCUGGGAAGACGCCCUGCACACCGUGCGUGCAGGUCGGUCCUGUGCCAACCCCAACCUGGGCUUCCAGAGACAGCUCCAGGAGUUUGAGAAGCAUGAAGUCCACCAGUAUCGGCAGUGGCUGAAGGAAGAGUAUGGAGAGAGCCCUUUGCAGGAUGCUGAAGAAGCCAAAACCAUUCUGGGUAAAUAUAAAGAGCAAGGGCACGUGGAGGCCCAGCCAGGCACAAGGCGGUGGAGCAGCUUCUCGACCCUGGCUCCUCUGGCCUGCAGUGACUAUACAACAGAGACCUAAUGGAGCGGGAUCUGGUCCUCACUCUCUUUCCCUGCUUAUCUGCAUCCCUGCGUGUGCACAGG